AUGCUGACCAGCAUAUCAAUGGAGGAUGUCAUUGACACAGAAACUGCCGUCUUGCAUAUACCCCGCAUGAUCCGUCAAGACGAAUACGGAUACCGCACAAGUGUGGAUGCCAAGGAUGUAGCUCCACUCGCCGUCGUUCCGCUGAACGAGCCUUUCCGCAUCUCGAAACCAGGCGGAGCUGCCUCCACUUUUAUCCUCAAGCGCUUUGUGGAAGGUUACUAUGUCUGUUCUUGUCCUGCAUGGAAGUUCAGCACCGAGCGCGACAAGAUGCGGAAGACGUGCUCCCACCUCAAAGACAUACUCGGUGAGCAGUACGAAACAGAAAGGAUCUCACUCGCAAAGGAAGCCAAAAGCACCGUAUGGGAGCAGACAAAGUUCCGCAGAACAACAUCUGAUGGUCUUCACGCCAGGCACACCCAAGCAAAGAAUGUACUUGAUGACCACUUCCGACAGCUUUCGCAGAGUCAACCAGAGACGUCCACUUCGAACCUGAAGAAACCUGCAUCGACUUCGAAAAAACCUUCACGCGGUCACUCCACGAUCGACAAGAUCGGCACUUCGAGCAGUACCUCUGCUCUGCAAGCCAAGCCAGCGUCCAGAACCGGAGUGCAAGCCGAGAGCGACACCGAAACUGAAGAAGAAGAGUUUACGGUCUCUCAGCCUGGUCCUUCUCGCCGCACUCCACCCGAAGCAUUGGUUUUUGGUGCUGCAGUCACCGAAAGUCCUUCUGUCAUUCGUACUCGGCCUGCACCUCAAGGCAGCGACGAUGAUAGCAAUGGCUUUGACCCGGACGAUAUGCAACUUUCUCCUACAAAACGCGCACGACGCGGCAAGAAACCGACUUGUGACGAUGACGAUGACAAGGCCUCCCUGCUACUUGCAAAGCCAUGGCUUCUCGAUGCGGAUCCUUCCAAGCCGAGGUCCAGAGCGAUGGACCCAACUGGCUGGUGGAUCAGCGAAAAGCUCGAUGGCGUAAGAGCCUUCUGGGACGGUCAGAGGCUCUACUCCCGUCAAAAGAUUGAAUGGAAUGCUCCCACAUGGUGGAAGAAUCGACUGCCCAAGGACAUCACUCUGGACGGCGAACUCUGGAUGUCACGAGGCACGUUCGAUCAGACCUCUCAGGUCUGUCGCACAACUGUAAGAUUGGGACGCUUGCGAACCUUUUCCCACUUCCUGGAACGAGAUUCGAUGGAGCGUCAAUGGUUGCGAGAGCAGGUGGGCGGUCGGAUAGCUAGUCAAGAUCGUCUGCGCGUUGAACGUUCAGUAAACACUUCAACAGGCAGCAUAGGGCAGGUAACGGAUGCGGCAAUGCAUGCGGCUCCGGCGAGCUCAACAGCGAUGCUCUCCAUCUGGAAAUCUUGGAAGGGAUCGUUUUCGGGCUUUUCGAAGGGCAAGAGCAGGCGCAAGUCAAGAUUAAAGUCUCCGCGCAUCGCGUUCGCUGACUCGUUCCUGCGGGCUCUGUUCGGACAUGCUCAAAUCAACAAGGAUGAGCCCUGUCCAUCAGAUCGGCAAACGUCCUAUAUGAAAGCUUUGAAACGAUGUCCCCGGUGUGGCAAGGUGGUCAAGCGAAACAAAGUCAAGGACGCCUCUCGUUUCGAAGCUGCUCGUUCCUCAGAUCCGGCGCAAGAAAGGAGAGUAAAUUCUGACAGGCUUUUUCCCGAUUCCGCUUUGCCCUCUGCUCCUUCCACUUCUGCAUUCGAUCGCACUUCAAACUCUGUAACGACUUCGACGUCGACACGGCGACCGCACGUCUACUCGAUGCUGAACUCCUCACGAUCCGGGUUCACCUAUCGAAUGGUACCCUCUGCAUAUACCCAUGUCUGCCGGCGCAAAUCGAAGGGCUCCAACGAAUGGAACAGAAUCAAGUUCAUGAUCUUCGACGCUCCCUCGAUGGGCUCGAAGCCCGUAGAAGAGCGCUGGGCCGAAAUCGAAAAGCGCUUCGGAUCUAGCGAUGGUAUCGACAUUGACUCUCUUCAAGGUCCACAGAUUAAGCUGGUGAAGCACAUCAAGUGCGAAGGCCGCGACCAUCUCGCUGAGCUCAUGAAGUUGGUCGAGCUCAAAGGCGGCGAAGGACUGAUGCUGCGUCAACCUCGAUCCAAGUACGAAGGCCAACGGGGUAAUACCCUCUACAAGCUCAAGUCAUGGUACGAUGCCGAAGCAGAAGUCAUCGGCUACGCAGAUGGCUCUGGUCGACACGAGGGACGCACCGGCUCCCUUGUAGCUCGUAUGGCGUGCGGCACCGUCUUCCGCGUCGGUACGGGAAUGUCAGAUGCUCAGCGAGAGGACCCUCCGCCGAUUGGAAGCAUCAUCAACUACCGCUUCUUUGAGCUCAGUGAAGACGGAUAUCCUCGCUUCCCUGCUUUUCGCGGCCUUGCACGCGACAAGUCUAGGCCCAAAGACGCCGUUGUACGUCCCCGGGCUAGCGCUCUUCGAGCAGCAGAAGAAGCAUGA